UUUGCUUGUGUGUGUCUGCCUGUGUCGUGUGCUCCUUUUUUUUGCUUCAUUUGAAAGGAGAUAUUUCCUCAGCAUCUGGCUGAUGCAACACUUUCAAAGUUCUGGCUCUUCUCUCAAAAAUCUGUGUCUCAUCAUGAGCACUUUCAAUGUUUACAACCGCACGUUGAAGUACUAAAACUGUUUUUUUCUUCCUUAGCAAUGCCGUCAACGACUUCUCAUGGAUGCCAUUGUUGUAUCCCAAGCUGCAAGCACGUUCAGCUGCGCAACAGGGAUGUGUCCUACCACUCUUUCCCGAAAGAUCCUAGCCUCCGUGAGCAAUGGGUUCAAGCCAUCAUUCAAAACACAGCUUUGCCAGAACUGUGGCAGCCUAAGCCCAGCCAUAAGAUAUGUGGUGCACACUUCAAUGUCUGCGGGAAGAAACAAUACAUGGACAAGGUGCCACGGCUCCUGAAGCCUGGCACAUUCAUUCAGACAUGUCCAUCUCAAGUUGCCCAGUCUUCCCCUCUGGAUGUGUCUGUGGAGGUUACUGUGGAAACCUCCUUCGAGGAAGUGUCCAGCAUGAGUCUUGAAGAAGAUGUAUUGUCCUCUGAGUCUGAACACUUCCUAAGUCAGUCUGACUUUGUUGAUGAGACAGAAGGAUCUGAACAAUGCAGUAAACUCGAACAGCUCUCAAGAGAGAAUGAGGAACUUCGAAGUAUUAACUUGUGUCUUCUUCAAGAGAAAGCAGACCUCCAGAAAAGCAUUGCAGAACUCCACGGAACAAAUGCAGCUAACAGGAAGGAACUGCAAGAUUUGCGUCAGAAGCUUUCUGCUGCAGAGGAGCAGUUUUUGAAGGAGCAACAAGCACUCUCAUCACAAGUUCUUGAUCUUGAGAGAAAACUGGUUGAGAAAGAAGCUAAUCAGGAGAGGUUGAACCCAACACCACUAAGCAUUGCCAGAGAUACUGAGAAAUUGCAGUUCUACACUGGGUUUAAAACAGUUGAGCGUUUCAAGAGAUUUUAUGAAUUUGUUCAUUUGGGCUAUGAGAACUAUAGGAAGACGUGCAGUCAAGGAUCAACGAAGAGUGGGAGACCACAAAGGUUUAAUUUGGAAGAGCAGUUGAUUCUUGUGUUAAUCCGAUUAAGAGUCGGUCUGCUUGAGAGAGACUUGGCUUACAGGUACAGCACAAGUCGUGCAUACAUUAGUGAAAUGCUCUCCUUUUGGACCGAGUUUUUAAGCGAGUACCUCAGCAGAACGCCAAUAUGGCCAUCUCGAGAAACUGUCAAUGACUUCAUGCCGCCUGUGUUCAAGGAAUCCUAUCCAUCAACAAGAGUGAUACUGGACUGCACUGAACUCUACAUCGAAACUCCAAGUGACUUUCGUGUUCAAAGUGACACCUACUCUGUUUACAAGAGUCACAAUACAGCAAAGGGGCUCAUUGGAAUAGCUCCCAAUGGUUUUGUCACUUUUGUUAGCAAUCUUGCACCUGGCAGAAUUUCAGACAGGGCACUAGUCAAGCAAAGUGGUCUUUAUGAUUUACUCGAGGAGGGAGAUUCAGUGAUGGCUGACAGAGGCUUCAUCAUUGCGGAGGACCUGGCCACACUGAAGGUCGACCUCAACAUUCCACCAUUUUUAAAUGGUGCUCCUCAGCUCUCAGUUGCAGAUGAACUUAGAACAAGAAGCAUUGCGAAGGCACGUAUUCAUGUCGAACGUGUUAUUCGACAGAGGGUGUGA